CGGAGAUCUAUAAAUACUGUUGGUUCACGCGGCUGCCAUUGCGCCUCAACAAUUUUCAUAUCCAACCCGCGGUUUCAACUCUUCGAAGGGCUUCUUCGUCUCCGAUUCAGAAAUCAUGCCUCGCCGGAGCUCAGCAGGAAGACCAGCUCCCCGUGCUGCUCCUCGUCCUGCACCUGCACCUGCACCUCAGCCAGCUGCUGCUCCUGUUCAACGCAGUGGUGGUGGAUCCAUGCUAGGAGGUCUUGGAGCUACCAUAGCCGAGGGAAUGGCUUUUGGCACUGGAAGUGCUGUAGCACACAGGGCUGUUGAUGCUGUAUUGGGUCCUCGCACUAUCCAACAUGAAGCCGUAGUUUCUGACUCCCGCGCUGCUGCUCCAGCACCUUCCACGAACAGCAUUGGUGGAUCUGAUGCAUGCGGUGUACAUUCCAAGGCCUUCCAGGAUUGCCUGAACAACUAUGGGAGCGACAUCAGCAAGUGUCAGUUCUACCUGGAUAUGUUGAGCGAAUGCAGGAAGAACAGUGGUUCCAUGAUGGCUUCCUAAAGUUUGUUAAUUUGAGAACCUUUGUGUUUAUCCCAAGAUUUUUGGGAAACUCUUAUUUGCUGUGGCAUUAAACCAAUUUUUUAAUAAAGAGCAUUAGACUCUCGAUUAACUGCA